GCUGCCCCGCCCCACUUUUCCUCCGCUGCGCUUGUGCAGACACCUCAGGACGCUGCAUCAUGAUGGUAUCCAGGCUCGCGGGUUUACUUGGCCGAGUCCACGCCACCCCUUGGAGAGCGGCAAGGUCACCCCCACUCUGUCAUUCUGUGAGGAAAAGCAGCUCCUCUCUAGGGGGGAAGGCUGAGCCCGCCACACCACCCCUCAAGAAGCCCAAGCUCCCGCUCGGUCGUUUUGAUGCCCCCGAGGGUUCUCAUCUGGACCAUGAGCCACUUACGAAAUUCCCAGAUGAUGUUAAUCCAGUUACCAAAGAAAAAGGUGGACCCAGGGGCCCAGAACCUACGCGAUAUGGAGAUUGGGAACGGAAAGGGCGCUGUAUUGAUUUUUAAGACAUAUUCUUUAACUUCAUUGUCAUUCUCUGCACGUGUACAUCUGAAUUUCGUAUUUCAGAUUAUGUUCUUUCUUUUCUAUCCUUUAAGUUAUCAUGUGAGUGUGUGAAUGUGUAAGUGGAGAUUGAACCGAGGACCUUGCACGCUAGGCAAGUGCACUGAGCUACAUCCUCAGCCCUAACUCAUCUAAUUUCUGUAAUGUGUUUAAAAAUAUACAUGAUGACUUUGGAGGAAAACACACUUCUGUAAAUUAGGAAAAGAAAAACUUUUACAUGAGGACAUAUUAACAUUAACAAAUAUACUGGGGUAUGUAAAGGAUUAUUAGAACUGUAAACCUCUACUUCAUAAUUUUUUAAUUUAAUGAGUUGCUUGUAAAAUGUAUGUGUAAAUAAAAACUUUAAGUGAUUAUGUUGCUGUCAGCUAGGUUAACGCUGGCUUUUAAAA